CUGUCAAUGUCAGUUGAUAACGAUUGAUAAUUUAGCGAAGUCGCCGCGGGCUGUGGUCGUCUUCUUUUCAAUAUUUCUCGACAAAAAUAAACCCUUGAAAGGUCAAACUGUGAACCGUGUCUAAGCAACAGCUACAAGCACCGCAAACAAACGUUUACCGAAGGUGAACCAUCUCACUAGCAUGAUGGAAGAGGAGGGGUCAUGGGAGCACUUCUUUGCGGUGCAUCUGCCACCGACUGACUUCGAGGACAACCGCUCCCUGCUGAAAGAAUUCUGUGAACGGCACGAUCGCCAUGGGCACAAGAUUGUACUUGUUACUUCGGGCGGCACGACGGUCCCGUUGGAACACAAUACGGUGCGGUUCGUGGACAACUUCAGCGCGGGCAAGCGCGGCGCCGCCUCCGCCGAGUACUUCCUCGAACAUGGCUACGCGGUGAUCUUCAUGCACCGGCAGAAAUCGCUGGAGCCGUUCACGCGACACUUCACCGGGCAGAAGCUGCUCGACAUGCUCGACAUACAGGAGAGAGGGCCGAAUACCACCAUCACAGUGAAGCCAGACAGCGUGGACGUGCUAGCGCCCGUCCUACUCCGGUACAAAGCCGCCCACUCAGCCGGCGCGAUCCUGCACGUGGCGUUCACCACGGUGUCGGAAUACUUCUGGCUGUUGCGAGCCGCUUGUGAGUCGCUCAGCGCGCUCGGCCCUCGCGCCGUGUUGUAUCUAGCCGCCGCGGUGUCGGACUUCUAUGUGCCUAAGGACCGCGUGCCAACCCACAAGAUGCAGUCAGGCAGCGGCGCGCCCGUCAUCCAGCUUCACCUGGUGCCCAAGAUGCUGGCUCCACUAGUCAACCUGUGGAUGCCGUCGGCCUACGUGGUCUCUUUCAAGCUGGAGACCGAUGAGAACCUGCUCAUACCCAAGGCGAGGGCCGCGCUGGAUAAAUAUAAGCAUAAGAUGGUGGUAGCCAACAUGCUUCAGACACGACACCACCGCGUGGUGCUCGUGACCCCCGAGAGCAGCCAGGAGAUACUGCUCACCAGGGAGGAGGUGCAUGCCGGAGCGGACAUCGAAAGCCCUCUAGUAGCCUCCAUAGUGCAACUACACGCGGCGUCCUGCGGCUCCGAAGCCACUCGCGCCCCGCUCGCAGACUGCGGGCCCGCGCCGCCUCGCUGAGUGUCGCUCGGCCGCCUGCGCCGCCCCGAGCGCCGGUUGUACCUGACUACUGAGUAGGCGGCCGUCAGUGGUAGUGGACUGUGGUGUGGUGGAGCCAGU